CUCCCUGUCCCUCCUUCCCCUCCUCUCCAACCCUCCCUGUCCCUCCUUCCCCUCCUCUCCAACCCUCCCUGUCCCUCCUUCCCCUCCUCUCCAACCCUCCCUGUCCCUCCUUCCCCUCCUCCCUGUCCCGCCUCCUCCUUCCCCUCCUCCUCUUCCUCCCAGGUUCCAGUAUGCAGGACAGUAGAAGCAGCAGUUCCACGACUGCAGAGGAGGCCUCCAGAGGAGUGGCUGUAGAGAAACUGGACUUCAUGAAGCAAUGGGGCCUCAACACCUACAAGUGCACUAAACAGAUGAUCGCAGAGCGGUUUGGUCGUGGUUCUCGGACUGUGGAUCUAGAACUGGAGGCUCAGAUAGAAGUUCUCCGGGACACCAAGAGGAAGUAUGAGACUGUGCUGCGACUGGCCAGAGCCCUGACCAAUCACUUGUACAGCAUGGUGCAGACGCAACACGCCCUCGGGGACACCUUCACCGACCUCAGCCUGAAAUCACCUGAACUACGAGAUGAGUUUGGGUACAACGCAGAACAGAAGUUAUUAUGCAAGAACGGAGAGACACUGCUAGGAGCCAUCAACUUCUUUGUGUCCAGCAUCAAUACACUGGUUAACAAGACCAUGGAGGAUACGCUGAUGACCAUCAAGAUGUACGAGGCUGCUAGGUUAGAGUAUGAUGCGUACAGGGCAGACCUAGAGGAGUUAAGCGUUGGACCCAGGGAUGUGGUGAACAUGGCCCGUAUAGAUACAGCCCAGGAGCAGUACCAGAUCCACAAGGACAAAUAUGAACGUCUUCGCUCUGACGUCACUAUCAAACUCAACUUCCUGGAUGAAAACAAGGUAAAGGUGAUGCAUAAACAGCUGCUCCUGUUCCAUAAUGCCAUCUCAGCGUACUUUGCUGGGAACCAGCAGCAGUUGGAGCAGACCCUGAAGCAGUUCAACAUCAAGCUGAGGCCCCCAGGGGCCGACAAACCCUCCUGGCUUGAGGAACCAUGAGGGAGGGAGCCACAGGAGACAGGGCAUCCCAGGAGAGGCCCUCCUAACCUGGGAAACAGCGGACCCCCCAAAACCCUUACUAUCCACUACAGUGGACCACGGACGGACAGACAGACGGACAGGACAACGUAGAGAUGGAUGGAUGGAUGAAUGGGCCAAGGGCCUUGUAUCUAUAGAGGACUGUGUCACAAUCAGGGACUUGUCUUAUUUUCCUCUCUUUCAUGAUCUCUCCUUUUCUGUCUUUAUCCACAAAUCCUCCUGUAUAAUAUAUUAUCUCCAGUCCUCUAUGUAAGUGAUAAUGCCCGAGAAGCCGGUGUUUGGAGGAUAUAUUGGCACCGGUUAGGCCCCGAGACUGAGUCGUAUAUAUCCUCCAAACACCGGCUUCUCGGGCAUUAUCACUUUUACACAACGGGUUACCAACACAUUCAAAUGAUGAUUGACAUAUUUUCAUUAAACGUUAUUUUGAUGAAUUUAUUCAUACUAUUUCGUCCUUCCACAAGAUAUUUAUAUAGUCCAGACACACAUUCUGUGGUUGCUACCCAAGCCAGCGGGUUGUUCGUUCCAACGGUUCGGCUGCCAGAGACACCAACCCAGUCUUUCAGUCUUUUUGUUCUGUAUCUGUGGACGCGACCCAGUCAUUCCUUGUAAAUGCUCCAUUGCCAUACUGGCUAGCUAGCUAGCUACUCCAUACUGGCUAGCUAGCUCGCUACUCCAUACUGGCUAGCUCGCUAGCUACUCCAUACUGGCUAGCUAGCUCGCUACUCCAUACUGGCUAGCUCGCUAGCUACUCCAUACUGGCUAGCUCGCUAGCUACUCCAUACUGGCUAGCUCGCUAGCUACUCCAUACUGGCUAGCUCGCUCGCUACUCCAUACUGGCUAGCUCGCUAGCUACUCCAUAUUGGCUAGCUAGCUCGCUACUCCAUACUGGCUAGCUAGCGCGCUACUCCAUACUGGCUAGCUAGCUCGCUACUCCAUACUGGCUAGCUAGCUCGCUACAAGAUACUGACUAGCUUGCUCGCUACUCCAUACUGGCUAGCUUGCUAGCUACUCCAUACUGGCUAGCUACUCCAUACUGGCUAGCUUGCUAGCUACUCCAUACUGGCUAGCUACUCCAAACUGGCUAGCUUGCUAGCUACUCCAUACUGGCUAGCUUGCUAGCUACUCCAUACUGGCUAGCUACUCCAUACUGGCUAGCUUGCUAGCUACUCCAUACUGGCUAGCAAGUGCAGCCAGAAUAACAACAAAGUAGCUGUUUUCUAGUUAGAUUUAUUUGGAUACAACCAUAACAAUGAACUAAUGAUGCGCAAAUUUGCCUGGCAGAGAAAAUGUGCUCUCUUGUCAGGACACUGUUCAGACAAAAUAAAUACAAUCCAUGACAUCAAUUUGAACUGAUGUUAAUAAAUGAAAUCCACCACAGCUGA